AUGGAUGUGGCCGAGAGCCCUGAACGGGACCCUCGCUCUCCAGAGGACGAAGAGGAGGAACAGCAGAGGCUCUCGGACGAUGACAUUCUGAGGGAGAGCGGGUCUGAUCAGGACUUCGGCGGAGCUGGGGGGAGGGCUUCCGAUCUGGAGGAUGAAGACCACUGGGACUGAGCCAGAGGAGGAGAGAAACAAUACUCUGACCAGGAGUGACCAGGACCUGCGUGCAGUGCCCUGGGCAUGGUGCCCUUCUCUCACAAGGGAGGGAAGAGCGCGAAGGAAAUACUCUGAGGGACCAGGCUCUCACGGGUCACCAGGGACACCCGGACGGAAGCACAGGAGUUAGACCACACGAGGGGUCCUGAGAGGCCUGCCCCUGCCGUGGGCAGGAGUGACGAGGUCGGUGGAAGGCUGGCUGCCUUUAUGACACAGGAGAAGUCAGGCGGGACCGUGGCGGCCGUGACCCAUGCUGUGAGGACCUGUGGUGAAAGGAGCCGGGGUGGGGAGGUCCUGAGGCAGGAGACUCAUCCACCGUCUGAAAAUGAGGAUGACGAUCUGGAGGAGGGCGAAGUAAAGGACCCCAGUGACAGGAAGGUGAGGCCGCGUCCCACCUGCCGAUUCUUCAUGAAAGAUGUUGGGACAGCACUGUCCACUCCUCUCCCACCAAUAUCACAUCCCAUACCACUCAGAGGCCAGGUUAAAGGGAACUGCACGUGGGGAAUGAACUGUAGGUUUAUACACCCCGGAGUCAACGACAAGGGCAACUAUUCCUUAAUCACCAAAGCCGAACCUUUCCCGCCUAAUGGUGCCCCACCUCUUGGACCUCACCCGCUGAUGCCUGCCAACCCCUGGGGUGGGCCCGUAGUUGAUGAAAUUUUGCCUCCACCCCCUCCAGAGCCCCCCACGGAGAGUGCCUGGGAACGAGGACUCCGGCACGCGAAGGAGGUUUUAAAAAAAGCAACCAUUCGAAAAGAACAGGAGCCCGAUUUUGAAGAGAAAAGGUUUACGGUGACCAUCGGCGAAGACGAACGGGAGUUUGACAAGGAAAAUGAAGUUUUCCGGGAUUGGAAUUACCGCAUCACGAGGGAUGUCCGAGAGACAGCACUGGAGCCUUACGCAGAUCCGUACUACGACUAUGAAAUCGAGCGCUUCUGGCGUGGCGGGCAGUACGAGAACUUCCGGGUGCAGUACACGGAGACGGAGCCGUACCACAAUUACCGGAUGUUUGGUUCUUUUCGAUUCUCCGUCCGUCAAACUGAGCCACCAAAGAAGGAGGCCACCGCUGCCGGCCCGCAGGUGAAGCGAGCAGACGAGUGGAAGGACCCUUGGCGUCGGUCCAAGUCUCCCAAGAAGAAACUCGGGGUGUCUGUCUCCCCCAGCCGGGCACGAAGGCGUCGGAAAACAUCCGCCUCGUCGGCCUCUGCCUCCAAUUCCUCCAGGUCUUCGUCGCGGUCGUCCUCUUACUCCGGCUCCGGGUCGUCCCGGUCGCGCUCCCGAUCCUCCUCCUACAGCUCCUACUCCAGCCGGUCUUCCAGACACAGCUCGUUCUCAGGCAGCCGCUCCAGGUCCCGGUCCUUUUCCUCGUCCCCGUCCCCGUCCCCAACGCCUUCCCCACACAGACCUUCCGUCAGAACCAAGGGGGAGCCGGCCCCGCCUCCCGGGAAAGCAGGGUCCCUGAGCGUGAGCAGCGUCUCCUCGGUGUCCAGCGCCACGUCGAGUAGCAGCUCGGUGCACAGCGUGGACUCAGACGACAUGUACGCAGACCUGGCCAGCCCCGUGUCCUCAGCCAGUUCGCGGUCCCCCACCCCAGCCCAGACCAAGAAGGAGAAAGGCAAACCCGAUGGGGCAGCUCUGGAAAAUGUCCGCGUGGCAUCGGCACCCCUAACGAGCUCCGAGGAAGCGCUCCUGACGGCGCCCCAAGUCGGAGCAAGGAUGGUUUGGACGAGAGAAGAGUGA